AAACCUGAAGGAAGCAUGAGGACAGCAUGGUUUACCAAAGACUUCAUGUUUUUUCAGAAGAGUCUGACAUUGGCAGUAUGCUUUAUUUUACUAGGCUGUGAUGAUGGAUUAACCAGAUGCCCUACAGCAGUCGCCACAAUGAGUGCCUCCAAGUGAAAAGCGGGGCAGGCAGCCUGGCCGAGUGACGGGGCCGUGCCAGUGUCAGGCGUGGCGGUGGCGGUGGACACUACAAACGCUUUUUCCUACUGAGCUUGGCAGAGCCCAAGACAGUACCAUGGUAACCCUCAUCACCGAGCAGCUGCAGAAGCAAAGUCUGGACGACCCCAAAUGCAGGGCUUUUAAUCUCAGCCUGUCAGUGCCUGAUCAUUCCAGCACAGGAGUCUGCUGGAACCCAUUUAAACCAGAUAACGGUAGUUGGAGCAUAUUGAACCCUUCACCCAAAUUCGAUCUCCAUGACAGCAUGGGUUUUAGUGCAGUUAGUCACACAACUGGCUACAGCUUUGGCACCAGCAGCUACAGCAGUAGCAACAACAGUGGGCAUUCCCUCCAGAGAUUCCAUGUGCCCAGCACCUCCGUCACAGACCUGUCUGCUGCCAACCAGGAGAGCUCCAGCACUCCUCCUGCACCCCCCACUAAACGGCACUGCCGUUCACUGUCCGUACCCGAGGACCUGUCCCGCUGCAGAUCCAUCUGGCGUCCCAGUGGCUCCAAAAUCUGGACCCCGGUCAAGCGCAGGUGCAACAGUGGUGGAGGCAGUAGCAGCUGCCAACACCAAGGGCUUCAGCGCCCAUCCAGCCUGCGACUCCAAAAGGUCAACAGUGCCUCCCUGCACUCCGUCAAAACCAGCAGCCCAACUUUCUUUAGCCUGGCCCUGUCCCCAGAGUCACCCAUCCCAUGGUCCUUCUCCCCAAGCAGCGGCUUCGGGGACUACUGCUCCUCCGCGCUUCCGCUCCACUCGGAUUCGGAACCCUGCUUCUUUCCCUUCCCUCCUUCCUUCUCAUCUUGCUCUCAGCGGAGGUUCUCUCUGUCACCUGUCCACAUCCAGGAGUCGGCCCAUUUCCUUCCCCCAACAGCCAGCAGCACACCCUCCUCCACCCCAGAGCUGGGACGUCGUGCCCCGGGCCUUCUCCCUCGCAGCCAGUCCCAGCCUUGCGACCUUGACCACCGCAAGGCUGGCCUCAAGCGCCGCCGUGACCAGGAGGUGCGAUGGAGUCGGCCUGUGCUUGACUUCUUCAAGAUGAACCAGACACGGAAUUGUACCACCCCAAUUUACUUAGAAAUUGAGCGAGAGAGUUGCAGUGACCCUCGGAAGCUAGCUUCCAGCGAGGAACCCUUUGCUGAUCUGGUGACAGAAGACAUGUGUCCGGAGGUCCUCACGACUGUGCAGUACUGUCCCAGCAGCGGUGCCAUCGGGACUCUGAGCGAGAGUGAAGAGGAAGAGGAGUCAAAGAGCGAGGCUGAGGAUGAACAGACCGUCUUUCAGAGAGACUGCACAGAACUGGAUUUAAAUCUUAUUGAGGAAAACUGAAUGUUCCGAGUACUCUCUGGAAAACGAAACAAAGUGGACUGACUAGGCCCCAAGCCGAGGUCUCUAAUUGGUGAUGGUGGGGGUGGUGCUGUGUUUUCAUAAAUCUGAUGCAGGUAGCCAUCAAUACUGACCCAGUGGCUGAAAACAUUCCACGGCUUGGCCUUCUUUUUUUCUGUUUCUGUCAAUCCACAUUUUUUUUUUUUUGUUUCUUUCACAUCACUCUCUUUUAAAAAAUAAAUUGUUUGACAAGUGAAGAAUUAGAAAACAUUUUUUUUAUCAUUAAUUGAAGUACAAAAAGGCAACAUUCAAUUGAAGUCUGUUGAAAAUGGCAUGAAAGUAAUCUGUCUGUUUUUGGUCUAAUAUUUAAUGUGGAGUUUAAUGCACUGGGAACCCCCUUUUUUAAAGACUUUCCAAUGGCUUAGAUUUGGAUUUUGUUCAGUUCUAUUUAUGUUACGAAAUAUAUUUCGUAACAUAAAUUUUUUUAAUAACGGCAUCAAGCACGGGAACUACUUGCAUAUCUUUAGUCAAAAUCAGAAUAAUUUUAAAGUGUUUGAGAGAACGUUGUCACAAAAUGUGGCAUGGAAGCAACAGAGCUUUUUGUAAUUGGUUUAGCUGCCACUGCUUCUCUUUGUGUAAAAUUAACAAAACCUACAGAGCUGCUCCCAGGCUUUUCUGGCCAGUGAUAUUCUUAGUAUGGUUUUGAGCAGAGCAGUGAGCCUUCUCUUUAGAGUUCAGUGUCUUGGAGCCUCUUAUUUUAAAUGCUUUUUAACGUUAUCACUUUCUGAAUAUAAAAAAGUUAUUUUUUAUGUAAAAUUACUUAAAUGGUGUUCAUUUUUGCUUACGGAAGUCACAUUUUAAGAAGCUGCAAGCUGCCUGUUUUGAAGAAUCAGAACCUCGGUCACAAGCAGUCUUGGUCCCAAACCUCAAGAUAAAUACAGUAAUCUUUUAAGUGACUACGUUUAACACAACUCUAAGGUUGCGUUUUAGUUGGUUAAAAAGAUGGCUUAUCAAAAUGGAGGCUCCCAAGUUUUAAAGGAGGAAACAAUGGAUCACCUUGCCUCUACGCUGCUGCUGAGCAGUGACUCCUUGUAAUUUAAAAGCUAGGAUUGUGGUUCUUGAAAGACGUACUCGAUAUGUAACACUGUUAUAAACUAACUAAAGCACAUGUGCUAUCGUGAUUGAAGAAUUAAGUGUUGGUAUAUUCAGUGGUCAUCCAGAUCAGUUUUAAUUGUAAUAAUUUGCAAUUGAAGGCUGUGCACCUAAUUUUCUGUGCCCUUAAAAGAGUUGCAGAAAAAAGCAACAAAAAAAAAAAAAAAAAAAACUAUGUAGAGCAGGUAAACAAGAUGUGCAAAGUACAGAGCGGGCGGGGGGGGAUGAAAAAAGAUACAUUUUGAAUGUAAAAAUGUUCCUUUUGAGAACAUUUCAGGAAGGCAUCUGCCAGUACACUAGUGUAAGCUCCUUUGUAUUUCUGUAUAGCUCAGGUUACAGUUUUUUAAGCAGGUGGGGAUAUUCCUUCACCGUUCUGCAGAGACUACAGUUGUGGAAAGUUUUUGUAGGUUUUAAUUUUAGAUUUGAACUUUAUAGUACUGACCUGGGAUUUAUGACUUGCAAAAAGUUAUGUCUUAUGAUUUGGGUUCAGCAGUGUAGUAACUUGUAUUGGUUCACUUUCCUCUUUUGCAAUGGCUAAAACACAUGUGUGUUGGGUUUUAGGGAGUGGCUCUGUAUAAGAAUGGAAUAAUUAAAGUGCUAAUAGUCUAGCACAGACUUAUUCUGUGGAAUAUUGCAAACCCUGGUUUGUAAAAUUGCCUUGAGAAAAGGUCUAAUUUUUCAGUUAAACUUUUUAAAGAGGUUUGAUAUUUCAUUCUAUUAAAUCUAAUCAUGGAACCAGUCUACAUUCCAACCCAGUUGCCUUAGGUGUACCAGGAUAAAAAGUUAAUGGAAACAUUACUGGCUUUUUUUUUUACACAAAUCCUUAAAAGUCAGAGAUUCUCCAUCGCUGAAUAUCCUGUUUAGGAAAGUGUAAUACGGAUGUGAUUUUGGAGGGACUGUGUGUGUAACUUUCUUGGUGUAUUUGAACAUAACGUUUCUGUAGCACUGCCUAUUGCAUUAAGUGUCGCAACGAUUUGUAAACGAAAAACAAUCUAUUUGUGUUAAAGCGAUUUUACAGGUUUAAAAUGUACAAUGUAUUGUAUCCAGGGCAAAUUGAACUGAGGUGGGUGUUGAUCAACAAAGAUAACUGCGAGUCAGUGCUCUGCAAACAGGAUGACAAUGUAAUCUGGUCUAGUGGCAUCUGUCAUUUUGAAUAUCUGUUGAAGCCUUAAGGAAACACCUGUGUAGCACUAGAAUUGCUAACUUCUUGCAAAUUAAAACAUUCAUGCACUGUGUUGAGAAAAAAAAAAAAAGCUGCAGUUUCAUUCUGAAGGGCACAACUUAUUGUACAUUGAC